GGCAGCUAGCGUGUAAAGCUAGUAGCCAAAAAGAAGCCAUAUGUAACAUUGUUCUAUAUAAGGAUGCAACCAUUGACAUAUAUAUUACUCCUUAUCGAAAGUGCCAACAAAAUAUCAUCGAUCUGUUAAAAAAAAAAUGUGGAGGCUGAAGCUUUCAGAAGGGGAAGACGAAUACCCGUUGUUGAAAUCGUACAACAACCAUGUCGGAAGGCAGUUUUGGGAAUUCGAUCUAGACCUCGCCGGAGACAACGUCGACGGCGACGGUGCUCGGGUCGAGGAGGCUCGCCGCCGGUUCGCUGAGAACCGCCGCCGGUUUGGAGUCAAACAGAGCUCCGACCUUCUCAUGCGACUUCAGUUUGCGAGGGAGAUCAGCCGGAGUAAUAAUGGCGAUGAAGGUGAUGAAGGUGGAGGAGUAAUGGCGAAAUUGAAGAGUUCUGAUGAGGAAAGAGGAGGAGAAGAGGAGAUAUUGGAUGAAGGAAGAGUGAGGAGCGUGGUGAGAAAGGGGCUACAGUUCCACUCAACUCUGCAGCACGAGACGGGCUUCUGGCCUGGUGACUAUGGCGGCCCUCUCUUCCUGCUUCCCGGUUUGGUAAUUAGCUUGUACGUUACGGGCGGGUUGAAUGCAAUUUUAACUCACCAGCAUCGAGUGGAGUUGCGUCGGUAUCUGUACAACCACCAGAACGAGGAUGGAGGGUGGGGAUUGCAUAUAGAAGGGAGCAGCAUAAUGUUCUGCACCGCGCUAUCGUACGUGGCGCUGCGAUUGAUGGGCGAGGAGAUGGAUGGUGGAGAUGGAGCGAUGGAGAAGGCGAGAUCGUGGAUCGUCGAUCACGGUGGCGCCAUCUACAUCCCGUCUUGGGGCAAGCUCUGGCUUUCGGUUCUUGGGGUUUACGAGUGGAGUGGGGUGAAUCCAUUGCCCCCCGAACUUUGGUUGUUUCCUUACUCUCUACCCAUACAUCCCGGAAGGAUGUGGUGUCAUUCUCGAAUGGUGUACCUACCAAUGUCGUACUUGUAUGGUAAAAGAUUCGUGGGAAAGACAACCCCUUUGGUGCUCAGUCUCCGACAAGAAUUGUACGUGCUUCCGUAUCGCAGCAUUCAUUGGAGGCUCACCAGAAACCUAUGUGCUAAGGAGGAUCUGUACUAUCCACACCCAUUCCUGCAAGACAUGCUGUGGGCUGGUCUCGACAAGGUUUGGGAGCCUCUAAUGUCGACAUGGCCGAUCUCCAAGCUCAGGGAAUCUGCCCUACAAACUUGCAUGCAACACAUCCAUUACGAGGAUCAAAACACCAACUAUGUUUGUCUUGGGCCUGUCAGUAAGGUCUUGAACAUGUUGUGUUGUUGGGUGGAGGAUCCGAAUUCAGAAGCAUUCAAGAGCCAUCUGCCCAGAAUCAAAGAUUACCUCUGGGUAGCUGAAGAUGGCAUGAAAAUGCAGGGAUACAACGGUUCUCAAUUGUGGGAUGUCUCGUUUGCAAUCCAAUCGAUUCUCUCAACGAAUCUCUGGGAAGAGGAAUUUUGUGCUUCAAUGCUCAAGAAGGCACACAACUUCAUAAAAAACACACAGAUUAGAGAGGAUCCUUCAGGCGAUCUAAAGCAAUGGUAUCGUCAUGGUCGAAAAGGUGGAUGGCCUUUCUCCACUCCAGAUAAUGGAUGGGCCGUCUCAGACACUUCUGCAGAAGGCCUAAAGGCUGCUAUGAUUCUGUCUCAGAUGCCAGCAGAAGUUGUAGGAGAUCGUCUUCCAGUAAACCAAUUGUUUGAUUCUGUUAAUUGCAUUCUAUCUUUCCAGAAUGAAAAUGGAGGGUUUGCUUCGUAUGAGCUGACAAGAUCUUACCAAUGGUUAGAGGCCCUCAACCCUUCCGAGACGUUUGGAGAUAUCAUGAUAGAUUAUCCGUACGUGGAAUGCACUUCGUCAGCAAUUCAAGGACUGAAAGCGUUCACAACAGCUCAUCCGGGGCACCGAGAGAAAGAGAUUCGAGUGUGUAUCCUUAAAGCCCUUCACUUCAUUCAAACCAUACAGCUCCCCGACGGCUCCUGGUAUGGGUCUUGGGGAGUUUGCUUCACGUAUGGGACAUGGUUUGGGAUAACAGGGCUUGUGUCUGGAGGGUUGACCUACCAGAGUUGCCCCUCCAUUAAGAAAGCCUGCGAUUUCUUGCUAUCCAAGCAACUCCCUUCUGGAGGCUGGGGAGAGAGCUACCUUUCUUCUCAAACUAAGGUUUACACAAACUUGGAAGGUGGGAAAUCACAUUUAGUGAACACUUCGUGGGCCAUGUUGGGCCUCAUUGAAGCUGGACAGGCCGAACUGGAUCCGAGCCCACUACAUCGAGCUGCGAAGUUCCUGGUUCAUUCAGCAAUGGAGAAUGGAGACUUCCCACAGCAGGAAAUCAUAGGAGUAUUUAACAAGAAUUGCAUGAUCAGUUAUUCGACAUAUCGAAACAUAUUUCCGAUUUGGGCGCUUGGAGAGUAUCGCAAUCGGGUAUUGCUACCUCUCCAGAAGCAUUGAGACUCACAUGUGUGAUUUGUGCAAAUGAAAAAGAUGUGUACAUACACAUGAAUCAAGUGCCAAGUUGAUAUUAUUCAAUGUUCAUGUCCCAAGUUAACAAUAGAGGCUGGAGUGGGCUGGACCACAUUGGGCUCUGGUUGGCCCAUAUAUAGCCGGUCUUUGGAGCAAAGCAAUUUGCUUGUCCUUGCAUGUUUCCUCGUGUUUAUGAUCCACGUAUAACGUAUAUGGUAUAUGUAUUAUAUAAAUGUAUGUGCCCAUAAGAUUAAAAAAUACUGAUUUCCAGCUAUAACAUGGUGGUAGGAAUCACGGGCAGGGCUGGUGUCUCAAUACACAUAUCUAAUUAUCUAUCUCGUGGCAGGUUGGGUUCAUAUCAGAUGAUUUAUCAUGGAUCGCAAGUCGGGGUAGUUUGACCCAAUGAGUAUGUAAUUUAUAUGAAAAUACUAGAAAUAUUCGUUAUUUUCAUUAUAAGACCAAGAAACAAACCAUAAUAUAGUAAAUAUAGUUAAAUUAUUGGAGAAAUUGAGAUUUUCACUAAUUUACAACUUUCUUAUAGCUAAUAUAUCAUAUAUAUGAUGUAUUAAAAGGAAAAUAAUAAGUAAUUUGACUAAAAAUACAUGAAAUUUAGACAAGAACGAAUCGAGAAUAGUGCAGGUCAAUGAUAGGUUGGGUCGAUCAGAGUACCCACCAUGCCCGCCCCCAAAACAGGCCAAACAAGUCGGGUAAAACAGACCAGGUCGAAAUUGUCAUUCCUAACCUGGUGGUAUGAAUUAAUAUUAUAAUGCAUACAUCAUAAUAAUGAGUGUAUACAUGAUAUAAAAAUAUACUAACCAUCAUUUACCACGUUUCACCGCGCCGUCUCCAUCGGUUACCUUUCCCAAGUUCACAAGUUUGUUUCCCCCAAGGGCUUAGCUCUAGCUAGCUAAUCUAGAAGGGAACAACAAUGGGAGCUGGUGGAACCAGUGUUUCAAUGGGUGAGUAUUCACAAGUGUCAUCAUCACCAUCACCGUCACAUUUGGAGGGAGUAAAAUACUUUGGAACCCAAACUUCCCCUCUCGACUUCCUAGCUUUGGCCAUCUCUCUCUGCUUCUCCUCCACGGCUCUCUUUGCUUCCUUGGCUUUCUCCCAGUCUCUGCUCAGUAUGCCUCUGCUUACUUCGCUCCACACCGAUGCCGACUCGCUUGCUAAAACACUCUGCACACUCGCACAACACCAGGAAAGAAUGAAGCCAAUUAUUAAAAAGAGAGAAACAUUAUGGAUAUGCUUACUUCUUCACUCCAUAGUACUGAUGAUGUGGAUUCGAAACUGAGACUUUCAUGUUAGAAACCCAGCGAUGAUAUUGUUUGGGGGGGGUUGGAAACAUUUCUAUCCGGUUAAACCGAGUUGGAUUAACCCGACUUUCGAUCCCAAUUUUCAGGAAAUUCGAAAAACAGAAAAUUGGAUUGGAUUGUAAACGAUUUUAGUGGAAUCAGAAUGAUCCGGGCUGGAAAUGAGGGAUAACGCGGGGUGGGCUCGACUGGAAUAUGGGUUGGGUUGAGGUAGUGGGGUGUGAGAUGGCCACUGGGGGCGAGGGUGUAGGGGCGCAUUAUCCGAUUUCUCGAUUUUUUGUUUUGUUUUGUUUUAAAUCGGAUCGAAUCGAGCAGGUUUUAUUACUACCGCGGCAACGAUCGGAAAUAAAAUUGCAUUAUUUUAUAUACGAAUUCGGUUCCAACCGGAUCAGGUUAUACCGUCUGGUUUAUAAUUAAACCAGAAAAUUGAA